AUUGUCUUUAUAUUAUCAUGUUGACCUAUCUGUGGUUGAUUAUGGAAGAGUAUGAAUUUGACCCAUCACUCGGUGUUGAGGUGCCUAGUUCUGUUGUUAAAGAUCUUUGCAAAUGGGAAGGUAAAAAUGGGGUCAUAUGACAUUGUGAUGACUAAAUGUUGUUUCUUCUUUCUUUUGCAGCUCCACCUCCUCCUAGUAGAUUUGAUCGACGAGUAUCAGUUUGUGCUGAGGCCUAUAACCCUGAUGAUGAAGAGGAAGAUACUGAUCCAAGGGUGAUUCAUCCUAAAACUGAUGAACAGAGAUGCAGACUUCAGGAAUCUUGCAAAGAUAUUCUCCUUUUCAAAAGUCUUGAUCAGGAACAGCUUUCUGAAGUCCUUGAUGCCAUGUUUGAAAAGAUAGUCAAAGUUGAUGAGCAUGUUAUUGACCAAGGAGAUGAUGGAGACAACUUUUAUGUCAUAGAACGGGGAACUUAUAAUAUUUUAGUAACAAAAGAUGAUCAAACCCGCACUGUUGGUCAAUAUGACAACCGUGGAAGUUUUGGAGAACUAGCUCUGAUGUACAACACUCCAAGAGCUGCCACCAUUGUUGCCACCUCAGAAGGCGCCCUUUGGGGACUGGACCGGUCGACGUUUAGAAGAAUCAUAGUGAAGAACAAUGCACGGAAGCGGAAGACAUUUGAGACCUUCAUUGAGUCUGUGCCCCUGCUCAAGUCCCUAGAGGUGUCAGAACGAAUGAAGAUUGUGGAUGUUAUUGCAGAGAGAGACUUCAAGGAUGGGGAGCGCAUAAUCACUCAGGGUGAAAAGGCUGAUAGCUUUUACAUUAUAGAGUCCGGUGAAGUGCGCAUCUUGAUUAAAAGCAAGACUAAAGCAGACAAGGAUGAUGGGAACCAGGAGGUCGAGAUUGCCCGCUGCCAUAAGGGGCAAUAUUUUGGGGAGCUUGCACUGGUGACCAACAAACCUAGAGCUGCUUCUGCUUAUGCUGUGGGAAAUGUCAAAUGCUUAGUUAUGGAUGUACUAGCAUUUGAGAGGCUUCUGGGGCCCUGCAUGGACAUCAUGAAGAGGAACAUCUCACACUACCAGGAACAGCUGGUGAAGAUGUUUGGCUCCAGCAUGGAUCUGGCCGACCCUGGGCAGUAGGUGUGCCACACCCCAGAGUCUUCUCAGUGUGACACCAAAACCUUACAGUCAGCCACAGAACACACACAGAAAGCAGACACGACAGAACUGUUCCUGCUGUUGCCACCGCAGCUGCCAUUGCUAUGGCCAUGGGCAUUUAGAAAACUUGAAAGUCAGCACUAAAGGAUGGGUAGAGGUUCAACCUGCACCUCCACUUUGCUUCUGAAAGCCCAUUAUUAGACUACUUGUAAUGAUUAUUCCAACCCAGUUUCACAUAUUUGGUUCAAAAUGGCAUGUCUCUCCAACAAUUUAAGUGCCUGAUACAAAGUCCAAAGUGUAAACAUCUUCCUUUCCUCUCCUGCUGCUACUAUUGCUUUUGGAAGUUACCACAGGUCUGCAGAAACCUGUUGUAUAACUGUAGACACCCUCUCCCAACCUUUUUCAAGGGAGGAAAUGUUGUAGCUUUUGAUCUCAUUUGUCUUUUGAGAAAGUCCACAUUUGUUCAAAAUUGUAGCCUUUGGUUCUACAGUGGAAAACGGUGGCAGAUAUGAUGGAGGUAUGUGGUCCUGUGGCAUUGUACUAUCUGCUGAGAGCUGCACACAUGACAGUUGUCUCCAAAUUCAGUGAUUCUUAGGGGAUGGCCCUGCCCAGGGCCCAGCAGUCAGCACCCCAAAGCACACUGAUCAAUCAUUGGGACCCAUGUUAGAGCAGAAAAUUUGGGUUUGGUACAUUCUUCAGGUAGCAGAGAGACAGGGAAGGUUUUCUGGGUUGGGGGUUUUGUUUUGUUUUAGUAGAUUUUGUUUUGUUUAAUCUCUGUGCAGUUUGCAUGAAUAAAUUGCUGUCCAUUUUUAAGGAGCCAGGGUCUGGAGGUGCCAUUACUCUAUCUGACCCAAAUACUUUCCUGGAUAAUUCUGCCAUCCCUUGUUUCCAGUUACCUCUACAGGCUAAUGGCAGUGUGCCGGCAAGAGGUUAUACUACAAAGAGAACCUUUUCCUUCUACUCCAGAGUUAUCACAUGGCUCUGCUGUUGAACCAUCAAUUUUUAAACUCUUUAAAGAAGAAGCAGCUAUUUUUUGAAAUUAAACAAAUAUUUCUCUAUUUAGAAAUUCCCCUUGGACAUAUUCAUAUAUAUCAGUUUGUCAGCUGACUCAGGCAUUUAUCCUAAAGAUCAACUCAUUUUGUUAGUUUUCAAAAAUCGGCAUCAUUUACAAUUUUAUAGAAUUACUGCAAAGACCUUUCUAAUUAAGAUGUUAGGAAUAUUUGGGGUUCCAAGUAAUCCCAAAGGAAAGUAAUAAUUUAGCUUGUAUUUUAAAACUUUUUUAACCUUUUAAUUAUAUCAGGUAGAAUCCUGAUGAAUUAUCCUAAUAUUUAUCCUAAAGAUAUGUUUCAGAAUGAAUUUUUUCUUUGGAAUGACUUAAAAUCAGAUGUUACAGGCGAUCCUAAGAGCAGUGUGACAUUUGCAUUGUAACCAAGUUUAUAUUAAUUCAAGAGGCCCUUUCCAAUAUGAUUUUUUCAAAACUUGUAUAACUCAGUAAAUCCCUAAGAGAUUAUGAGCUAGGGCUUAAAGUGGUUCCUACUGUGGGUGAUGAUGGAGCCCACGUGGUCACCUUCCAUUGUCCACACAAGCUGUGCUCUCUGUUUUUGCCACAGACAGUGUGGUCAGGAGAUUUCCAGAGUGGUGACUCACCACAAGCUUGGUCAAUUCUCCCUUUUUCUUGUGCUCCGUGAAGUGAAAGCAGCAGGACUCUUUUCAGGCUGCCCUAAGUAGUCUGCAUUGCAGCUCUCAGAAGUGUGAAAGGUUGUAACUAAUACUCCAAAACAGGCAGCUAGCACUGGGAAAGCCCAUGUGGUUUUCCCCAUGAUUUUUCAAGGUUAUUGUUUUCUAUGGUGUUGCUUUAUUAUCAAAUAAGAAGGCAGAUCUUGCACUUCAGUUGACAAGAACCACACCAGUUUCUUGCAGAGGUAACAGUACGUUGGGCUUCGGGAGUGACACAGAGAUCUAGCCCCAGACUGUGAGGACUCUGUUUAAACGCUGAGCAGAUGCCCCCUUUGCGCCCCCCACCCCAUGCCAGCGUUGUUAGGGCUGGCUGUGAACUCCGUGCCAAAGUUACUCCCACAGGCUGCUGGGAAUAGGCUUUCUCGUCCUGCCCUCUGGCACAUCCCCGUCCAGCCUGUCGCUUCACAGAAGCCUCUUUGACACCCCCGGCUCGCUCAUGAUUGGUGUUUUACAGAGUAGAAUUCAUCAGGUUUAAGUCCUCCUGCUGUAAUUACAGUUUGACGUACAGAUCAUCAUCAGUCUUGCCCCUCACUUCGUACAGAGCCCCUCUGGGGCCUGGCUUGAAGGAGGGAGACUUUAAAGGGACCAGUGUGAGUGAAACAGGACAUAGCCAUUACCAAGGUGCCCGGAGUCUGACACUGUUCCAAUUCUCUGUGUAGCAUGGGGAACCAAAGGAAUAGACGAGUUCACCUCAGGGCUCUGGUGUCCACAUUGUGCUAGGCAAGCCCUGCCCUGACGGUUGAGCCUCAUGGGGCAGAGUGUGGGCUGGGAAAUGACCCUUUGCUAAUUGAUUUUGGAGGGUGGAGAAUGUUCUGAGAGUUUGCGGUCCAGCUUGCAGUAUUACCCUUCCUUCUGGCCCCAGUGUAUCACAUCCACUCUCUCUUGGUCGUAUUCUCUGAAGGAAGGAUUCAUGUGUUCUGGCCUUAGCCAACAGCCCUUAUAUAUAUAAUUGUGUUACAUACAAUUGCGAUAGAUGCUCAGAAAUCCAGGGUGGAGGUUUUCUUUGAGCAGUUUAAUGAGUGAAUUCGGCAGCAAAGUGGCAAGAAAUGGUUCUCCAGCCGGGAGAGGUUGUGUUCAUCCUCUCACCGCCCAGGUUCUCCGCUCACAGUGGCAGAGCAGUCAGCGGUGCCGCCGCCACCCAGCAGCACCCUGGGUACACAGCAUCUCCAUGUCGUGUCAAGUGUACAAACAAUCCCCUCUCAUUUAGAAAAAGUGAAAGAGCAUCUUUGCACAGAGAAAAAGAAAAAAGACCUGUGAAUGUCAUCUUUUAUCUUUUGUUUUCAGUAGGCUGAUUUUGGAAUUUUUGUUCUUGACAUGCAUUUGUAAACCAAUCUUGCCAAGAUACAAGUUGUUUUGGUGUUUUCACUACAAUUACCUCUUGUCCCUCCUGUCUUGACUGCUGACGUUCCUCAAUGAUUCUAAUGUCUAUUUUAUGGGAAGCAGCCUUCCCGUGGGUUUCCUUUUACACACUGCAGGGCUAUCUUUAUACUUAAAAAAAAAAAAUUUUUUUUUUUUUUUUUAAAGAAAACUGUUGCUAACCUCAUGGGGGAUUUGCAGAAAACCAUUUAGCCCGCCUUGAGCAAAAGGUAGAUUCCUCAUUGUUUUCUUAAAGCUCAUUGUAAUAAAAGAAAUCUAAUUCAGCAUUAUUGUGCUACCUCAAAGGUAAAAAUGUUUUAAGGUCUGUUUUUGGUCCUGAGUUCUACACAUAGUGUUUGAAAUGUCUUUCAAUUGGAAUUAUUUUUAAAUCAUUGGGAAGAAUUUUAUUUUAACCUGUUUACACUUGUGUUUUAAUCUCAGAAGAAUAAGUGAUUGGAAAGUGAUUAAUUCUUGCUCUGUGGAAUUGAAUGUAUAAUUAAAUCAUUGUUUGCCAUAAACAAGGUUGGAUUUUUUAAAAGGAAACUCUAGGGCUUGGCUCUGCUCUUGGUUAAUAAAGGCUGACAAAUCAUGUCUGACUUUCUGGUGCA